AUAUAGUAUUGACCUUCGAUAGCGUCUACAAGUCAGUAGCUUUGAAUACUCCUUUUCGAUCCGGUUCACCUGAUACAUUCACAGGAUCUACGUGUGUAUUUUAAUCUAAGCGCUCUUCGAAAUUGAAAGCUAUGAACUCUUAUUCGGACAGAUCCGUAGAUAGGGAUCGCAAGAGGUCCCGCGAUGGAAGCCCGGCGGGGCCGUAUGAUCAGAAGCGAGUGAAGGAGGGUGACAAACACAACAGCGGCUACUCUCACAACUCACAUUAUGGAGACAGUGGAUAUUGGAAUGAUAGUAAGAGUGGCUAUCACGGUGAUUCCUCCGGCGGCAGCAACGGUGCAAACCGCGGUCGCCUGGAAGAUGAUCCCAUAUACCAAUCUUACACUGGGGUUGGGGGUUAUGUAGCCCGAGAUUAUACCGAUAAGUCAGUCUUGUUCUCUGGGCCCAAUACCGGGAUCAAUUUUGACAAAUAUGACGAUAUCAAAAUUGAAGUUGAAGGAAGAGAUGUGCCCGAGCCGCUGAAUCACUUCGAAGAUGCGGGACUCGAUCCCCAACUUUUAACUAAUAUCCGCCUAUCCAAAUACGACAAGCCGACCCCCGUGCAGAAGCACUCAAUUCCCAUAAUUUUGGGGAACCGUGAUCUCAUGGCCUCUGCUCAGACUGGAUCUGGAAAGACGGGUGGUUUUUUGUUUCCUAUUGUGGAUGGGUUGUUGAAGGCGGGCCUUGGCGGGACGUGUCCGCCGUACGGGAGGCCCGCGAUGCCAUACGCGGUGGUGCUGGCGCCGACGCGAGAGUUGGUAGUUCAGAUUUACCAUGAGUGCUUGAAGUUCGUUUCCGAUACGAAGAUUCGAGUGUUGUGCGUGUAUGGCGGUACGUCUAAGACCAAGCAGUGCCGAGAGGUUGAGCGUGGCGUCGACAUCAUCAUAGCGACGUGCGGUCGUCUUCAGGACUUGUGCAACGUGCACAAGAUUUCUUUUCAGCGAGUUCGUUUUCUUUGUUUAGACGAGGCGGAUCGCAUGUUGGACAUGGGGUUCGAGCCCCAGAUAAGGUCGUUGAUUGAGAAGUCGGACAUGCCGCCCCCGCGCAUGCGUCGCACGAUGAUGUUUUCGGCGACGUUUCCGCGCCUGAUACAGAAGAUGGCGGCGGAUUUUUUGGACCAGUACUUGUUUCUCAAGGUAGGCGCGGUGGGUUCUACGAGCGAGAACAUCACGCAGCGCGUCAAGCGCGUGGAGGAGCACGAGAAGGAGAACGCCAUCGUUACCGAGUUGCGCGCGUUCACGGGACGCACGCUCAUUUUCGUCGAGACACGUCGCAAGGCCGACUGGCUGGCCCGCUACUUGCAGUCGCAGGGGUUUAAGGCGCUGCCAAUUCACGGUGACUUGAAGCAGCACGAGAGGGAAUACGCGCUCGAGGACUUCAGGGUGGGUCGGUACAACAUAUUGACUGCGACGGAGGUCGCCGCGCGCGGCCUGGACAUCGAGAACGUGGGUCACGUCAUCAACUACGACCUGCCCAAGAACAUCGACGACUAUGUGCACCGCAUCGGCCGAACCGGCCGCGCGGGGAACGUGGGCCUGGCGACCGCGUUCUACAACUCGAAGAGCUCCUCGAUCGCCAAGGACCUCUACGACUGUCUCAAGGACGCCAAGCAAGAGAUUCCAGACUGGCUCGAGAAAGAACGGUUCGCCAAGCACUCGGGCAGCCAGGGCCGCGGCCGAGGCGGGUGGCACAGCAACAACCGCUCGCGAUCUGGUGGCGGCAACGGCUAUAACGGCUAUUCUUCUCACAGGUCCAUGAACAGCAAUUUUUACAGCAAUGGCUACGGCAACGGCAACGGCGCCCGCAAGUGCUCGGACGGCUACCACGUCGGGUACAACGGCAGCGGCGGCAGUCACCACGCCUCUGGCUCGAUUGGCAGCGGGUACGGGCCCGCCUACGCGAACGGGACCAACUACAACCAGGGCUUCGGCGGAGCCAUGCCGGGCUCCUACGAGAACGUCCCCUAUCCGUCCUAUCCGUCCGCCGCGUCUUCCAACUACUCCGCCAUCAACAAAUACAACGGGUACACGCCCUACCCCGUGUCGUCUUCAAUGCAAUACACCUCUGAAUACCCAUCGAAGUGACCGCCGUAGCCAUCCUCGGUGCCUACACGCCUCCAAGAAAUGACGUUUCCCUCGCUCUCUAAUUUUUCACAAAACUGCAGUCGUCGAAAUUUUAAAGUCAGAUUAGCCCCUGAGGACUCCCCUCUCUCUCUCUGCU